CCUCCCCGGUCCAUGCUGUGGGCUCCACCGAUUAUGUUAAUGUCAGCUAGAACCGAACAGAGUUUGUUUUCACCGAUCUCUGGUCUCCAUUCGGUGGGGCGGGGUGCCUAUAUAAAUACGGGUUACUUUUAAUUUUCAAACGGUUAUUGCGAAUGCCAGCUUUAGCUUGCAGACAGAUUUAAAAAAAAAAAAAAAAAAAAAGUUAGUUUUGUUUUUUGGAAACUAAUGUAAUACUUUUUGUGGUUUUAGAUUUAUAAAUUUGGCAUUUGCUGUUAGGGUUGUAGAAAUCGAUUAGAACUGAUAUAAUUAAGAGUCUCUAAGAGUAUCAGUUUAAGACCAUUUCUUUUAUUGUAUAACCAAUUUUAGUCCGUGCCUCUUAACUAUUUGUAUCUGUUUUUUUUUUUUUUUUUUUUUUUUUUUUUAAUGAACGUAUGCUCGUUUUCUGAACUGUUUACAUCCACCAGCUGGGAAGACACCGCAACACAUCAAUUUUGUCAACGACAGUCUAAUAAAGGUGGCGUGGCCUGUGUCCUGAGUGGCCACCCCUUCGACACGGUGAAGGUGAAGAUGCAGACCUUUCCCGGCAUGUACAGGGGCUUCUUGGAUUGCUCUGUGAGGACCUACAGGCAGGACGGGCUCCACGGGCUCUACCAGGGCACAAUGCCGGCGCUGGUGGCCAACGUGGCCGAGAACGCCGUACUGUUCGCGUGCUAUGGGUUCUGCCAGCACCUGACCAGGACACUAUAUGGACUGGAGAGUGUGUCGGACCUCAGUGACCUGCAGAAUGCAACCACGGGUUCAUUUGCAUCCGUGUUCUCCUCCCUGGUCUUGUGUCCCACUGAGCUGGUGAAGUGUCAGAUGCAGGCUCUGCAUGAGAUGAAAGUCACAGGCAAAACCUCCCUGCAUCGUCGGGUCUCCACGUGGUCUGUCAUGAGGAGUGUCAUGCAGACAGAGGGACCCCAGGGUUUCUUCCAGGGCCUGACCAGCACCUGGCUCCGGGAGGUCCCUGGAUACUUCUUCUUCUUCGGGGGCUACGAGAUCAGCAGGACCUUCUUCACCAAAACAGGGCAGGCGAAGGGUGAACUGGGGGUGGUCCCGCUGGUUGUGAGUGGUGGGAUUGGAGGAGCCUGCUUCUGGCUCGCAGUUUACCCAGUAGACUCAGUCAAGUCCCGAAUCCAAGUUCUGUCAAUGGCUGGGAAACAGGCUGGGUUCCUGUCUUCUUUUAUCAACAUCAUUAAAACUGAAGGUUUCCUGGCUUUGUAUUGCGGACUGACCCCGACCGUUAUUCGAGCGUUCCCUUCCAAUGGUGCUCUCUUCCUGGCUUAUGAAUUAACCAGAAGAGCCCUCACUAACCAGACUAGCAGCCACUGACCCUGCAUCUUUCAAGUGGGCUUUUAAACAAAAUGAGAAAACAAAUAUAAUAUAGAAAUGUUUUUUUAUAAACCUUGAAAAGAUGGCAUUAACUUUGUAGUCAAAUAUUAGGAAUAGCUCAUUACCCCCUCUGGAAAGGGCAAACAGUGUUAAAAAUGCUUUUUUAACUGUUGUACAAUGUUCUGUAGAACGUAUUUAAUAAGAUUCAUACAUGAGCUAGAAAAACGAUUGGAGACACCUGCCACAACAGUGUCAACAGUGUAGGGACUGGAUGUCGCUGAUCUUUCGUGACAGGGUCAUAUCACAAGUGUUUCUAAUAUAUUGUUCACACCCUGUGAAAUGUAGAUAUUUUUAUGUAUGUGUGUGUUCAUGUGAAACAUGUAACUAUAAGUGUUAUUACCAGUAUGCAUUUGAGUCACGCUCUGGUUCAGUGUAUGUUUUACAUAUAGGGUAUGCAGCUCCAGUGCACUGGGCAAUCUGAACAGAGCUCUUGUCUUGUCUAAGGUGCUUUGUGCUCUCAUGGAAAUGUCUUCUUUUGAGAUGAUAGUUCAUUACAUUUAUAAUUCAAAAUACACAAAAAUAACGCUGCUUCCCUAAUCCAGGGUAAUGCAUGAAAAACACGUAGCAGAAAACCUUAAAUCAGGAGAUGUCAAAGAAGAGGAGCUGUUCCCUGUCAUGCAUGUGUCCAGUCUUGACAUGGAAACGUUUGUUCAGAGCUCAGACACAGGCAUUCGGGUUGAUUAGGAAUGGAAUACCUCUUUAACCCUUUCAGUCCUGAAUUAUUUUUGGCUGAAGUUAUGCAAUUAAAAAAGGAACUCCUAUAUUGAGUAUAAGGGGACAACAUUUUUUUUUGUAUUUCUUCACUACCUCAGACUGGCGCCUAGGAGGUUCCAAUGUGAUUUCAAAUGACACAAGGUAAGGACCAGGACUGAAACAGUUUGUGUUACACAGAACUCCAGAAUUGGAUUAUGAGGUCAUGCAACACUUAGAUACGAGGUCUAAGCGUUGUUUAGUGAUUUUAACCAGUAUUUUGUCUUUUUUUGUGUGUACAUGACAUGGCGAAAUAAAA